AUGACGUUUGUUGUACGAUAUCGGUAUCAGCCUCAGAUUGUGCUACACGGCGAAUCUUGCAUGCCCUCGCGUCAAAGCUCGGACUCCUGCCUCAACAUCCAUUGUCGACAUUGGCGGUUAACCUACUGGCGCACGGGGGCCGAGUCGAGGUCGAACUCACGCCGACAGUCCGCUGCUGUGGGUCUCGUCCCUCGUCCUGAAACAACUGACGCUGUACAACAGUGGAAUCCGGCCGACCCGGUAGAACUUUUCCUCGGCGCGGAUGUGGGCGCGGUUAUUCUACAAAUCGGUCUUCGACGUGGAGGACGUUGGCAACCUGUGGCGCAGAGAACGCUGGGUUGGAUUUUGUCGGGUUCCGUCGACACUUCAGCCGCAACCCGGUCCGCCCAGUCUCACCAAUGCUGCAGCGACGACGACCUUCACAGCUUGGUGCAGGAGUUCUGGCGACAGGAGGAAGUCGAUGCCAAGACUGUUCCACUCACCACGGACGAGCAGGAAGUCAAGGAUCACUUCGUCCGAACUCACUCACGGGACGCCAGCGGCCGCUUUGUUGUGCGUCUCCCGCUCAGGCUGCCUCUUCCAGACCUCACGGGAAUAAAACGCACCGCCGUCCGCCUGCUCGGGCAAAUGGAGCGCAGGCUCGCCCGUGACGAUCAGCUAAAGCAGCUGUACACGGACUUCAUGCGGGAGUAUGAAGUCCUGAGGCACAUGUCUCCUGCCCGGCCUGCCGGCGCUGCUGGACCAGCCGACUGCUACUUGCCUCACGCCCAUGGCGUGAUGCGCAAAGCAAGCUCGGCCAAGAUUCGAGUCGUCUUUAACGGCUCGUCUACGGUUCCAUCAGUAGCCAGCCUCAACAGGCAUUUCAAGGCGGGUCCCAAUCUCCUGCCCGUCUUGGAAAACGUUUUGCUUCGGUGGCGAAUCCAUCGCUACGUGCUGGCGAGCGACAUCGAAAAGAUGUAUCGCCAGAUACUCGUCGCCCCGGAAGAUCGGCAUCUACAACGAAUUCUGUGGCGUUCCAAGGAUCAGACUACUCCGCAGACCUUCGAGCUCAACACCGUGACUUACGGACUGGCCUGUGCUCUGUUCCUGGCAGUGCGUUCUCUGCGAUAA